UUCCAACUUCCACAUUCUAUCAACAACCGCCAAAGUGAGCAGUCUCCUUGUCUCUCAACAAAAUGGCUGCAAUACAGUUAUCAGACCCACUCGUUCAAACAUACAUUUUCUACUCAACCAUAUUGGCGUUGAAAUUGCUGGCCAUGGGAACGCUGACGUCACUGAUACGAAUGGGAAGAGGAUCGUUCGCAAACCCCGAAGACGCAAAAGCCUUCAGAGGCAAAGUGAAGUUGGACGACCCGAUAGUGGAACGAACCCGUCGCGCUCAUCUGAAUGAUUUGGAGAACAUUCCAGCGUUCUGGAUUUUGGGAGCAUUGUACUUGACCACGGCGCCGGUCGCUGGGUGGGCGACACUGUUAUUCCGAGUGUAUACAGUGUGUAGGGUCAUUCACUCGCUGGUGUACGCCGUGGUCCCAUUGCCGCAGCCGGCACGUGGGGCCGCAUACAUGGUGCCGUAUGUUAUCAAAUGGUAUAUGGGCGUCCAAACUGUGUUGUAUUACUUAUCGGCCUUAUCAGACCCACUCGUUCAAACAUACAUUUUCUACUCAACCAUAUUGGCGUUGAAAUUGCUGGCCAUGGGAACGCUGACGUCACUGAUACGAAUGGGAAGAGGAUCGUUCGCAAACCCCGAAGACGCAAAAGCCUUCAGAGGCAAAGUGAAGUUGGACGACCCGAUAGUGGAACGAACCCGUCGCGCUCAUCUGAAUGAUUUGGAGAACAUUCCAGCGUUCUGGAUUUUGGGAGCAUUGUACUUGACCACGGCGCCGGUCGCUGGGUGGGCGACACUGUUAUUCCGAGUGUAUACAGUGUGUAGGGUCAUUCACUCGCUGGUGUACGCCGUGGUCCCAUUGCCGCAGCCGGCACGUGGGGCCGCAUACAUGGUGCCGUAUGUUAUCAAAUGGUAUAUGGGCGUCCAAACUGUGUUGUAUUACUUAUCGGCCGCAUAGAGAUACGUGUAUUAAGUGAAGUUUACCUUUUUGGUGUGUGUUACGUUAAGAACUUUAUUUCACGAAAUCGUUGUAAGUAUUAUCUUUGAAGGGGUUUUUUAAGAC